UCGGGCACCGGGCGUCACCAGCGAGACGGCGGUGUAUUGCGUCUAUUCCCGCAGAUAUCGUCGUGUGUGGCGGACAUCGAGCCGAAGUUCAAUCGCGUGAUAUUCUUCUGGUCAGACCGACGCAACCCUCACGAAGUGAUGCCGUCGUCGCGGAUGAGGUUCGCGAUCACCGUCUGGUACUUCGACGCCAAUGAGAGGGAACGGGCGAUACAGCGCUACAAACAAGAGAGUAGGUGUGACCGGCGCGCGCCGGCGGUGGCGGUGCGGCCCACACACCGUCAGCCACCGGCGCCGCCACUGCACGGCAUGCCAUACCAUUUGUCUCGUAACUAA